GUCUCAGUGGAAAAACCAUGUGCUCCUUCAGUUGGUUACCUUUUCAUUUUGGAUUGUGUUCUUUGUUUUCAUGCCAGAGCAUGCCUCUGCACAGAAUUCUUGUCCAGAGGUCACACAAUGGCUCUUGAAAGAUGGCUUUCACAGAGAUCUCCUGAGUAGAAUAAAACUCAGUACAGGUGAUGAAGGCACAGGAAGCUGCAUUGUGGCAAUUAAAAUUCACCUUCCCAAAGGAUUAUAUGUGGACCCCUAUGAACUGACAUCUUUAAACAGACACAAUAUUACUGAGGCUUUGGUGAUUGGUGAUUAUGUAGACUUGGAAGUUCCUGAGUAUUUAGCCACUGAAACUGAUGUUCUCGUUUACAUGAAACCUGAUCCUGAAUGCGAUUACUGUUUUAGAGCAACAUUACCUCUGCACUGCCGGUACCACCAACCAGCAGAGAUUGAUGGGGAAAUCUCUGCCAUAACGAAGAGUCCAGAAAUAUUGGUCCAUUGCCAGAAACGCUUGCUAUCAACGGAAUGUUUGGAAGGAACCAAAAUAGAAGAGCCAUGUUCUCGGAAGAAUAAGCAGAACUGCCAUUGGGACAGCGUGAAGUUCCAACUAGUAAACCAGAAACUGGAAUUGCAAAUACCAGUUGGCCUCAAACAUCACAUCACCUUAGUCUGCACAGGGACCCUUGUGACUACUAUAUUGUGCGCCAGUCUUAUUCUUUCAGCUUUAUUCAAGCAUGGAGAGUUCUUGCUUGUUCAGAAUCCAUUGUGAAAUGGAGCAAGACUUUAUUGAAUCCUCAUGGAAAGACUGUCAAACUGUCUACACAGACUGAUCGAACAAGAUAUGGGAAGUGAAGAACAGACUUGUGACUGGCACCGCAUCACUAUUUGGGAGGAGGCCUAGUGCUGUAUAGUUGACUGUUGUUAGUUACAUUUGCCUGACUGCACGGGUUCUAACCCGUUGUUUUUCUAGAAUUUGAUAUGAGGUUUUUCAGUAGUUUCAUCUAGUUUGGUCUAGUUAUCACAGAACUAUAUAACUGUGCUGUUCUGCACUUCGAUUCUGUUACAGAAAUCUGUUCCCUGGGUUGAGCCAUCUGAUAAAAUGAGCUCUGGCUCAUGAAUGCUUAGGCUGGAAUAAAUUCUGUUAAGUUCCCAGGUGUUUAUUUUUCUGCUAAAGACUUACAUGGCUGCUAACCUGGAACUAAUAAAACCUGUGACUCCCUGCCUAUUACAUGUAUU